UCGUCGUUUCUCUCUCCUCCCUGCCUCGAAGUUCAGAGAUUAUCCAGACUAUGAACUCUGAACGUCGUCGUUUCUCUCUCCUCCAUACCUCGAAUUUCCGAGUCCGAAGGUGCCGAAAUUCGGUGAGGGGAGAAACGAACACAGAGACACCUCUCUCUCUCUCCUCCAUAGAUGGCGUUCAUAACCAAUUCUAGAAAUCGUGUUUCGUCAUCCUGUACCUACCGACCCUUGUUCAAGUUUAAAUGUGACUCUCGCUGCCCGCCUCAGCUUCAUUCUGGUUUCAGGUUCUUUUUCUUUCAACAACAAUAUCACGAGGGUGGCAGCGAUGAGCCAAAAUCUUCAAGAAAAACUAAAAGAGCGAGGUCUAUGGCACUUCUCAUAGACUCAAAGCCAUGGUCAGAUAAGCUUGAAUCUUCUCUUUCUUCACUCUCUCCCUCUCUCUCUAAGAACUCUGUUUUCCAAACUCUUCAGCUUAUCGGAAUACCCGCUAGAGCCCUACAGUUCUUCGACUGGGUACAGAAGAGGGGCUUUGCUCAUGACGAACAAUCCUUCUUCUUGAUGCUUGAGAUAUUGGGUCGAGCUCGAAACCUCAAUGCGGCUCGUAAUUUCUUGUUCUCUAUAGAGAAGAGGUCAAAUGGGUCUGUCAAGCUGGAGGACCGAUUCUUUAACAGCUUAAUCAGGAGUUAUGGUAAUGCUGGGUUGUUUCAAGAAUCUAUUAAGCUUUUCGAGUCCAUGAGAAGCAUGGGUAUUUCGUCUUCCGUUGUUACCUUCAAUAGUGUUUUGUCGAUUUUGCUUAAACGGGGACGGACUAAUAUGGCACAGAGUCUGUUUGGCGAAAUGCUUAGAACAUAUGGUGUUACACCUGAUGUUUAUACGUUCAAUAUUUUGAUAAGAGGGUUUUGUAAGAACUCAAUGUUGGAUGAGGGGUUUAGGUUUUUUAAGGAAAUGGAGCAAUUUAAAUGUGAACCUGAUGUUAUUACUUAUAAUACAAUUAUUGAUGGCUUGUGUCGAUCCGGGAAAGUAAGGAUUGCACACAAUGUGGUGAAGGGUAUGAAUAAGAAAAGGGAAGAUUUACAUCCUAAUGUUGUUACUUAUACCACUUUGGUUAGAGGAUAUUGUGUGAGGCAAGAGAUUGAGGAGGCUAUGGUUGUUUUUGAAGAAAUAAUCAGUCGAGGUCUGAAACCGAAUCAAAUUACUUGCAAUACUUUGAUUAAGGGGCUUUGUGAAGCCAAGAAAUAUGACAAGAUAAAAGAAAUCUUGGAGAAAAUGAUGCAAGUUGGAGGUUUUAAACCCGAUACUUGUACUUUCAAUACAUUAAUGAAUGCGCAUUGCAAAGCAGGGAACUCAGAAGAAGCUUUAAAAGUUUUCCACAAGAUGUCAGCUUUGCAAGUGCAACCAGAUUCAGCUACAUACAAUGUCUUAAUUCGCAGCUUGUGUCAACAAGGAGAUUUUGAAAGGGGAGAGAAGUUGUUUGACGAAGUAUCAGAGAAGGAGAUCUUGUUAAGCAAUGUUGGGUGCAGACCUCUUGUUGCAGCAUAUAACCCCAUGUUUGAGUAUCUAUGUGCAAAUGGGAAGACUGACAAAGCUGAGAGAGUGUUUAGACAGCUAAUGAAAAGGGGAAUACAAGACCGUUCUUCUUACAGAACUUUGAUCAUGGGGCAUUGUAAAGAAGGGACAUUUAAGAGUGGGUAUGAGCUUUUGGUCUUGAUGCUGCAGAGGGAUUUUGUGCCUGAGCUUGAGACAUACGUAUUAUUAAUUAAUGGUCUCUUAAAAACUGGUGAAGCUCUUCUUGCCUAUAAGGCUCUAGAAAAAAUGGUUAAGAGCUCCCACCUUCCUAGUACUGCUAUUUAUCAUUCUACACUCGAAGAACUUGUAAAGAAGAAAUGUGCCCAUGAAUCAGCCAGCUUGAUAAUGCUAAUGCUGGGCAAAAGAGUUAGACAAAACAUAACUCAUACAACAAGUGCUGUGAGAUUGAUUUUCUGUAGUGGAUUUCGGGAUAAAGCAUUUAUGAUUAUCCACUUGCUUUAUGAUAAUGGAUACGUAAUUGAAAUGGAAGAAUUGAUUGGUUUCUUUUGCAAACAAAGAAAGCUAAUAGAGGCACAUAAAUUAUUGCUCUUUUGCUUAGAGAAGCAUCAAAGAAUCGACAUUGACUUGUGCAACAUGGUUAUAGAAGGCAUUUGUGAAAGUAAUAGAUUGUCAGAAGCAUUUAGUUUGUAUUGUCAAUUGGUGGAAAGAGGAAAUCAUCAGCAGUUGAGGUCCUUAGAGAAAUUGAAAAUUGCCUUACAAGCUGCCAGAAGAUUGGAUGAAGCUGAAUUUGUGUCAAAGAGAAUGAUCAAAGAAUUAGCAAUCAGACAACAAACUCUCUCCAAUAACAAGCUACACCUUCUUUAUAUUCCACUACUUUGUAAAACUUUUUUCAUAAACAUAUAUUUGUAUCUUCUUGCUAAACACCCAAAUAUGUCAAAUUUUGAUAACAAUGGCACUAACAAAAUUCGUCUUCCUCGUUUAAAACGUGCUGUGACGCCCGGGAAGGCAACAGUUCUUGCAAUUGGCAAGGCAUUCCCAAGCCAACUCAUUCCUCAAGAAUGCUUGGUGGAGGGUUACAUCCGAGAUACAAAAUGUGAAGACGUGUCCAUCAAGGAGAAACUCGAGCGACUGUGUAAAACCACAACUGUGAAGACAAGAUACACGGUCAUGUCAAAAGAGAUCUUGGACAAAUACCCUGAGCUGGCCACUGAAGGGUCCCCAACAAUCAAACAGAGGCUGGAGAUAGCAAAUCCAGCCGUCCUGAAAAUGGCUGUGGAAGCAAGUGAUGCUUGUAUAAAGCAAUGGGGAAGGCCACCUACAGAUAUCACCCAUAUCAUCUACAUUUCUUCAAGUGAGAUACGUCUACCUGGUGGUGAUCUUUACCUUGCAAGUCAGCUUGGCCUAAAAAAUGAUGUUGGUAGGAUAAUGUUAUACUUCUUAGGCUGCUAUGGAGGUGUCACUGGCCUACGAGUGGGCAAAGAUAUUGCUGAGAAUAAUCCGGGAAGUCGUGUUUUACUUACAACUUCUGAAACUACCAUACUUGGUUUCCGCCCCCCGAAUAAGGAACGCCCUUAUGACCUUGUGGGGGCUGCACUUUUUGGUGAUGGAGCAGCUGCUGUAAUAAUUGGAACCGGCCCCUUAAUAGGAAAAGAGUCUCCUUUCAUGGAACUCAACUAUGCAGUUCAACAAUUCUUGCCAGGGACACAAAAUGUCAUCAAUGGUAACCUGUCUGAAGAUGGCAUAAACUUCAAGCUUGGAAGAGAUCUUCCCCAAAUAAUUGAAGAAAACAUCCAUGACUUCUGCAUCAAACUAAUGGAAAAAGCUUCUCUAAAAGACUUCAACGACCUAUUUUGGGCUGUCCAUCCCGGUGGACCCGCUAUUCUUAAUCGCCUACAAGCCACUCUCAAUUUAAAAACUGAAAAGCUAGAUUGUAGUAGGAGAGCUCUUAUGGACUAUGGAAAUGUAAGUAGCAACACUAUCAUCUAUGUCAUGGAUUAUAUGAGAGAGGAGUUGAAUUGGAAGGGAGGAGAAGAAUGGGGACUUGCCUUGGCAUUUGGGCCUGGAAUUACAUUUGAAGGCAUCCUUCUACGCAGCCUUUAGUGUCUGCCUUCAUUUCAGAACUUCACCUAUUAUUAUUCUACAUUGCUGCUACUUUUGGAACUAGUUCUUCAUACAUGAAAAAUCAAUUUAAAAAAAAGUUGUGUAUUUUUCACUCUACUGAAAAUUACAAUAUAAUUAAUAUCUUAGGUUCGCUUAUUGUGAAUUUGUACAGCUAGAAAAAUGAAAGGGUACGAGAA